AGGCCCAAGAAUGAAGUCAGAGACGAGGAUGCCUCUAAGACUUUGGCCUUGAUGGCAGCUCUCACAACCUUGGCUGUUGAAGCAGAAGGGCUGGCGGAAGAACUGCUGAUGCCUUUGGCCAACAAGGACAUUUCCUCGGCCCUGAAAGCUUCUCACAGCGUCGCGCUCCGCUUGGCACGCGAGAAGCUCCCCCGCAAGAAGCGCCGCACGCUGUCGGGGUCACGCACUGAUAAGGAGGUGUUGAGCAGUCAGAGCUGGUGGUGGUAUGAUGUGGCCAUGGCAUGCUUGAACUUCCUGGGCCUUGCGUUCAAACAAGGAUCAAACAGUGGUCCAGAAGCAAAGGUCUGGGCGGAGUCUUUUGAGGAGUUGCUGGAGCCCUGCGUCUCGAUACUGGAUGUCUUCGAGUUUCUAGCCGUAGAUGAUGCCAUUUGCAGCGGCCUUGCGCGAGUGUUGCAAUCUGCUUUGGUCGCCAUGACGGCGUCUUCCGCAGAAGACGGCGUGAAACGGAUGAUGCAGGCAGUCCUGGAGAAGACGAGAUCCGAAGAUGCUGAGGUAGUGCUCAUGGCCUUGAGAUGUGCGCAUCGCAUUUGGUCGGACCUUGGGAUUCAGGUGGUGAUGUCUCUGUCAGAAGUUGUGAUGUACACCUCCGAGUUGCAAGACCACGAGGACAGCCGAGUCGAAACAGAAGUGAAGGCAAUGGUGCGUACCAUUGAGGACUGUACCGGAGAAAGCCUCCAUGAUGCCAUGAAGACAUGAUGGGGUCACCUUGUCACACCCCGCUGUACAAAGAAAUAUAUGUUUUCGUUGAUUCUGGAUGCUAAGACGGUGCACAGCAGAUCCACAACUUGACUCCGAAGUCG